AUGUCAUCGUCAAAAAAAAAAGUAAUAAUAGGUAUUUGUGCAAUGGAACGAAAGGCGACCAGCAAACCAAUGCUGCAAAUUAUGGCCAAAAUGGUCGAAUAUUACGGGGAUUGGUUGGAAUUUAUUGUAUUUCCUGAACAUUUAAUUAAAAAAGUUGCCGUAGAAGAAUGGCCUUUUUGUGAUUGUUUGAUAAGUUUUCAUUCAACAGAUUUCCCUCUAGAUAAAGCUAUCGAAUAUGUGCGUCUUAGACGUCCUUAUGUUAUUAAUGAUCUUCAUCGUCAAUAUGAUUUGUUGGAUCGAAAGAAAGUAUUUCGUGCUUUAGCUCGAGCUGGAAUUGAACAUCCUAGACAUGGGGUUCUUUUGCGGGGCAGCGAUUGUGAAGGAGUGCUAAUCGAACAUACUGAUCAUAUUGAAGUUAAUGGUAUGAUAUUUAAUAAACCAUUUGUGGAAAAACCACUUUCAGCUGAAGAUCACAAUGUUUAUAUUUAUUACCCAAGCGCGGUAGGAGGUGGAUCUCAGAGACUGUUCAGAAAGAUAAAUAAUCGCAGUAGCUGGUAUUCUCCAGUUAGUACAGUUAGAUCAGAGGGUUCAUACAUAUACGAAGAUUUUAUUCCUGCUGAUGGAACUGAUGUCAAGGUAUAUGCGGUUGGACCAUAUUAUGCACAUGCAGAGGCGCGAAAAGCUCCUGGACUUGAUGGCAAAGUGGAGCGAGAUUCUCAUGGUAAAGAAGUUCGCUACCCUGUGAUAUUGAGUAGUACAGAAAAAAUGAUCGCUAGAAAAGUGGUUGUCGCUUUUGGGCAAACAGUUUGUGGAUUUGAUCUUUUGCGUGCAAAUGGAAAAUCAUACGUGUGUGAUGUUAACGGAUUUUCCUUUGUGAAGACUUCCUUAAAGUAUUACGAAGAUACGGCAAAAAUUUUGGGUAACACAAUUCUUCGGCGGCUUGCUUCAUCAAUGAGCAUACCUUGGCAAAUACCUUACCAGGAUGAUGAUCCUCCACUUGUUCCUACUCCAAGCGGUAAACUUAUGGAGUUGCGUUGUGUUCUGGCUGUCAUUCGACAUGGAGAUCGGACUCCUAAACAAAAAAUGAAGCUCAUUGUUACCGAUAAACGAUUUAUUGAUCUUUUCGAAAAAUAUGAUGGUUUCAAAUUGCGAGAAAUAAAAAUGAAACGUCCGACACAAUUAAAAGAAGUACUAGAAUUGGCUCGUCAUUUGCUUCAUGAACAACAAACGCGUCGUUACAAUCUGAUAAAAAAGUUGGAAUGUUGUAAUCAUGCUGAAAGAGAAACUUGUGGAGUAGAUCGUGAUCUCGAAAAAUGUGAAGAAGCAGUAAAGAAAUGGGAUCAAGUUCGAACAGUUUUAGAAAUGUAUGGUCAUUUUUCUGGCAUUAAUAGAAAGGUACAGAUGAAAUAUAUAAAACCCAAAGAAAUUAAAGGGUCGGAUAACGACGAGCAACAACCAAAAUCGUUGUUAUUAAUUCUAAAAUGGGGUGGUGAAUUAACCACAGCAGGCAGUUUGCAAGCAGAAGCACUUGGGAAACUUUUCCGCACUUUAUAUCCAGGGAUAAAACGAACUGACGGCAAAAGUUGUCCAGAAGAUACGCAGGGAUUGGGUUUUCUUCGGCUACAUAGUACUUAUCGUCAUGAUCUAAAAAUCUAUGCUUCUGAUGAAGGUCGUGUUCAAACAACGGCUGCUGCGUUUGCAAAAGGCUUAUUAGCUUUAGAAGGUGAAUUAACUCCAAUUCUGAUGCAGAUGGUGAAGUCUGCAAAUACGGAUGGCCUUUUAGAUGAUGAUUGUAAUGCAAGAGAUUUUCAGAACGAAUUAAAAUCUUAUUUACAUUCAGUUCUUCAGGUUGAUCGUGAAUGGAUUGCUGAAGAUUUUGAGAAUUUGAAUCCAUCCGGACUACGUUCAAUAGCUAAUGCGAUGGAAUUCAUCAAAAAUCCGAAAAAAAUGUGUGAAGAAAUAGCUGGUUAUGUUCAACGUAUGGUUGAUAUUAUCAGUUGGCACAAAACUGAACGUCCAAAUCGUUCAUUAUAUUUGAACGAAACAUGGGACUUAGCAGAACGCAGAUGGAGUAAAGAACUUCAUGAGUUUCGACGAGUAAAUAAAAACAGUGAAGUUGAAUUUGAUAUCUCGAAAAUCCCUGAUAUUUAUGAUAAUAUUAAAUAUGACAUGGAACAUAAUCCAGAUCUCUGUGUAAAUAAUGGGCGUGAAUUCGAAAGGAUGUAUUUAUGUGUUAAAAAUAUGGCUGAUAUCGUGGUACCUCAGGAAUACGGCAUAAAUGAGGAUAGUAAAAUUAGUAUCGCCCAGAACAUUUGUACACCCUUACUGAAGAAAAUUCGGAGCGAUCUGCAUCACUGUAUUGAGUCAUCAGGUGAAGAUGAAAGUCAAACAAGGCUAGAUCCAAGAGCUUCACAAGGUAUCGCAACUCCUCUUCGUCAUGUUCGUACCAGGCUCUAUUUUACGAGCGAAUCUCAUAUUCAUGCUCUUAUGAAUCUUAUUCGAUACGGAGGCCUUUGUUCAGUGAACGACAAGAAAUGGCAAAGAGCGACCCAUUUUCUAUCGGGUGUAACUGAAUUCAAUUAUAUGACUCAAGUAGUUUUGAUGGUUUAUGAAGAUACACGAGCCGAUAGUGAUAAACAGGGAAUGGAUCGUUUUCAUAUUGAAUUACUUUUUUCACCCGGUCUGUAUCCAUGUUUCCUUACAGAGAAAGAAAAGAUAUAUGAAACACGUUUUCCAAGUUCCAAUGGGAAAUCGGGAUCCAUAACUGGAAAGAAAAAAAGCCAAAUUGUUUCGACGAGUUCACUUUCUUCACUUGGAGCAAUUAAUGGAGAAAAAGUAAUAAUUAGAAUCUCUCAGAGUGAUUUCACAAUGCCAUGUGUCGUCGCUAAAACCGAUUCAAGUUCUUCGAGUAGCCCACUGUCUUGUAGUUUAAAUGAUUUGACUGUUGGCAAGGAUUCCGUACAAGCUCUUGCACUUACAAAGAAGUGUCAUGAAUUGAAUUAUGAAUAUGAUUUAAAUGAUGAUAGUGUUAACCUAGUUGCAUUGGAAGAAAUUGCUUCUAGUCAGUAUACAUCAGAAGAAUUGGCUCUACACAGCCCAUCUAGCAUAACAACGAGAAAUCGUCGUCGCCUCAUAACGAACGGUGAUCUAUCAGAAUCGCGAAGUGUUAGUGGUAGUUGUUCUUCAUUUACUGAUUUGGAGACGAGCAAAAGGAAGGAGAAAGAUUCUUCACAUCAUCUUUUAAUGAAAUCUGCUAGCGAUAUUUCAUGCGAAAAAUCGAAUAAUUUUGAUAAAAAUUGUGAUUUGGUUCCCGAUGAACAGCGUGAAGCUGAAGAAACAAUAGUUGAUUUAAUUUCUUGUAAACAUCGCUCUUCAACUUCCGAUAGUCCUCGAAGGUCACGUUUCCCAUAUUGUUUCAAGCACCAUACAGUUAACCUCUUAACAGAAGUGGAUAAUCGCCUCAUCAGCACGGAUGUUCUUUUUGGGAAAUUUUGGGAUUGUGUACCUCGUCGCAUGUCAAAUAGUCCAGCAGUAUUGUCUACAGCUGUUAUUGCUCGGUCUUCAAGCGCUCCUCGUUUGCAGACUUAUAAGGCAGAAGAUGAAAUAUCAGUAGGCGAAAUUCGUCGAUUCUGGCCACCGCUUCGCUCUUUAGAAUCAUUGCAUGAUAAUAUUCGUUUCCAACAACUCGACAGUUUUUUAAAAAGACUAAUUAAUGUCCGGACUCCAGAUGGUUCUCUACCUGAAACUUCUCAAGAGAAUCCCAGACACGAUAAACUACUUUUGCUUAAUUAUUUUCGAUAA